UGAGAGAGACCUGUGGUUGUCAUGGAGGUCAUGAAGUCUUGAGCUGGCCCAUCAUCAGCCUCCACAUGGAGAUGGAAGUCAUCCAAGAUUAUCAUUUUAUGGUCCUCCAACAAUAUCCAGAGACUACCUUGGUCAGCCUGGUUAGAGAUGCAACAGAGUGAUCAAUAGACCAGUAGCAUCACUGAUCUGUCUUCUGACCCAACACCAGUGAAAGACACUCUAAGCCUAUCUGAAGGUCAAGAGGCUUCCUGAUCAAGUAGAUGGUGUCCCUGCAGACAAUAGCAACUCCCUUGUUGAAUCUCUUUUUGAAAACACUUACAAGUGUUUAUUAUCUUGUGGUGAUCGGAGACAAAUACUUAUGCCGCUAUUUAGCUCCUCAGCUAGCUCAUUUGCCUUUUCUUUCUCUUCUAAAGUCCCCAAGUGGUAUUGGGUAGUUCCAGCCCUUUGUUUUUAUGUAUCUGAGAAGGAAAGAUUAAACAAUUUAAAAAGGGAUAUGGGGACAUAUUUUUGCAUGUUGUGGACAAAUUAUGGUUAUACAUUAUGUACUCUGGGCCCAUCACUAACAUGAGGGUUCUCAGAGCCUUGUAAGGUGGAGAGCUUUAAAAGCUCUUUCUGCAGUAGGUCUUCCCUACUCUUCAUUUAUUUAUUACUUUCCUCCACCCAUGGUAAGCUGCAGUCACGUAAGUAUAGUGAGUGUAAGUUGUGGGCCCGCCAUAUACUCAGGAGAAACUUUAUUAAGAACUCCAUCACAAGGCAUGGUCUCCUCCACCAUACAGUGGUACCUCAGGUUACAAACACUUCGGGUUACAAACACUUCAGCUUACAUACUCCACUAACCCGGAAGUAGUACCUCGGGUUGAGAACUUUGCCCCAGGAUGAGAACAGAAAUCGUGCACCAGCGGCAGCAGGAGGCCCCAUUAGCGAAAGCACGCCUCAGGUUAAGAACGGUUUUGGGUUAAGAAUGGACCUCCAGAACGAAUUAACCAGAGGUACCACUGUACAUUGAAUAGGAUUUGUUCCACUUUCUGAUUUUCUUUUAGUCUGUUAAGAUUUCACUCUGAGAAGUUAAUAACAAAUACUUCUUCUUCUUUGGCGAUCACUCGUAACCGAGUAAGGUUGUCUUCCAUAAACACGUUUUAACAAUAAGUCCGGAAGUGACUGUGGAGGCCAAUUCUGGAUCCACAUAUCUUUCCAUAGUGGGGACAUUGGUUUCCGGGAAGGAGUUGAUCUCGGUGUGGACUUGCCAAGCGUGCCUUCCUCUUAGGAUGUUUCUCCCUUGUGUCCUGAGUUCAAGUGUCUUCAAAGCCCAUGACACCUUUGGUAAAAGCUGUUCUCCAAUUGGAGCUCUUGCAGGCAAGUGUUUCCUAAUUGUUGGUGUUUAUACUACAUUUGAAAAAAUUUGCCUUGAGACAGUCUUUAAACCUCUUGUUGACCACCAGCAUUAAGCUUUCCAUUUUUAAGUUCGGAAUAGAGUAGUUGCUUUGGAAGACAAUCAUCAGGCAUCCACACAACAUGACCAGUCCAACGAAGUUGAUGUUGAAGAAUCAUUGCUUCAGCACUGGUGAUCUUUGCUUCUUCCAGUACACUGGUAUUAGUUCGCCUGUCUUCCCAAGGGAUGUGUAAAUUUUUUUGGAAACACUGUUGAUGGAAUCUUUCGAGGAGCUGGAGAGGGCGUUUAUAAGUGGUCCAUGUUUCACAAGCAUACAGUAAGGUUGGUAGUACAAUAGCUUUGUAAACAAGCAUUUUGGUUUCCCUGAGAAUGUCCUGGUCCUCAAACAUGUCCUGGUCCUCAAACACUGCACUCCAAUUGGGAGAAAGCCGCACUCGCAGAGCUCAGGCGAUGCUGGAUUUUGUCAUGAAUGUCAGCCCUUGUGGAAAGAUAACUGCCAGGUAGGGGAAGUAAUCAAAAUUUUCCAACGUUAUACCAUUGAGUUGGAUUUGUGGUGCUGCAGAGGAGUUAUUUUGUACUUGUUGGUGCAGCACUUUGGUUUUUUGGAUGUUGAGCGAUAGGCCAAGCUUUUCGUAAGCUUCUGCAAAGAUAUUUAGGAUGGUUUGGAGGUCAUCCUCUGAGCGUGCACACACUACGUUGUCAUCAUCAUACUGAAGUGCUAUGACAGAAGUUACAGUAACCUUACUCUUUGCUUUCAGCCUGCUCAGAUUAAAGAGCUUUCCAUCUGUUCGAUAUAUGAUAUAUGAUUUCUACUCCGGUGAUUUCUACUCCUUCGACAAAGUGUAGGAUUAUGGCAAUGAAAAUAAUUGAUAGAGUUGGGGCAAUAACACAACCCUGUUUAAUACCUGAUCCCACUGUGAAUGGUUCACUUUGAGAGCCAUUGUUAUCUGCGAUUGUUGCUGUCAUAUUAGCAUGGAGGAGCUGAAUGAUGUUCACAAAUAUAUCGGGGCAGCCAAUUUUCAGAAGGACAGUCCACAGGGCAUUACGAUUUACAGUGUCAAAAGUCUUAGUCAGGUCAAUAAACGCCAUAUACAGGGGUUGGUUUUGCUCUCUGCAUUUUUCUUAAAGUUGUCGAGUUGUGAAAAUCAUGUCCACUGUCCUCCUAGAAGGUCAAAAACCAUUUUGGGAUUCAGGAAGGGUCACCUUUGAUAUUGUUAAGAGACGGUUUGCUAAGAUCCUUGCAAGAAUUUUGCCGGCCGCAGCUAAUAGAGAGAUGCCUCAAUAGUUUUCUCCAAUCAGUUCUGUCACCUUUUUUAAAGGGAUUGAUAAUUUUGGCAUCCCUAAAGUCUGCUGGGAUCUCUUCUCUCUCCCAGAUUUUUUCAAUGAGCUUGUGAAGUUGUUGUGUAAGUUCAAUUCCAACCACUUUGAAGACUUUGGCAGGUAUCCCAUCAGGUCCACUGGCUUUGUUGUUUUUCAUUUGGUUAAUAGCUGUACACAACUCUCCCAGAUUUGGAGAUACUGCAAGAUCAUCUCUAACUUGUUUUUUGUGAAAUUUGUGAGAAGACCUCAGCAGCUACAGGGGAGUUGCAGUUAAGGAGAUGUUGGUAAUGUUCUUUCCAGCGCAGUGCAAUAGCUUCUUUAUCUUUUAGAAGCAUGGUACUGUCUGCUGAGCAUAGAGGGCAUACACCAUGAUUUAUUGGCCCAUGGGUGGUCUUUGUGGCUUUAAAGAAACUCUGUGCAUCAUGAGUGUCAGCUAAGUGCUAGAUCUCUUGAGCUUUUUUUAUCCACCAGGUGCUUUUUACUUCUCUGGUUCUUCUUUGAACCUUAGCCUUAGAGUUGGCAUAGGUUUUUUUCUUAAUGGCACAGUUUCUGUCUCUUUGCCAGAUCUAAAAGGCCUUCCUUUCCUUGUCAAUCAUGCAUUCAAUCUCACUGUCAUUCUCAUCAAACCAGUCCUGGUGUUUCUUGGUUUGGUAUCCAAUAGUUUGUUCACAGGCUGCAAUAAUGGAUGUUUUUAGCUUGGUCCAGUGUUCCUUGAUGUUAUCAGGGAAUUCUGAAAGCAGAUAGUCCUUAAGAGCUGUUUGGAAGCAAUCCUGCUUAAUGGGAUUUUGAAGGGCUUGAGUGUUCAUUUUGCAUCUUGGUUUCCUUCCUUGAAGCCUGCAUUGAGGUAGAAUCAUAGAAUCAUAGAGUUGGAAUAGACCACAAGGGCCAUCGAGUCCAACCCCCUGCCAAGCAGGAAUAUCAAGUAUAAUCUUGAUAGCCAUCAAGCCUGCCAAGCAGGAAUAUCAAGUAUAAUCUUGAUAGCCAUUGUGGAGCGUAUUAGCCAGUGAUCUGUCCAGCAGUCAUCGGCACUCGUCAUAGCUCUGGUAAGGAGCACAUCACGGCCAUCUUCAGCUCGGACAAUUACAUAGUCUAAGAGGUGCCAGUGGUUUGAGCGAGGAUGCCUCCAUGAUGUUUUUAAUUUAUUUUAUUGUCGAAAGAGUGUGUUGGUGAGAACAAGGGUGGGCGCUGCACAUAUUGUCAAAAGUAAGAUUCCGUUCUGGUUACUGUUGCCAAUUCCUUCUUUCCCAGUAGUCCCAGGCCACAGAUCGAAAUCUCACCCAACUCUUGCAUUAAAAUCACCUAGGAGGAUAAUUUUAUCUUCCUUAGGCGUCUCUGAUAGGACGGUAUCCAGCUGAGAGUAAAUUUUUUCUGUAAUGUCUUCAUCGGCAUCCAGUGUUGGUGCAUAAGCGCUGAGAAUAGUAGCCUGUUGGUUUUUGGUGAGUUUUAUUCGAAGGGUUGAGAGUUGCUCAUUAAUGCUGGUAGGGACUUCUCACAGGAGCUUCACAAGAUCAUUUUUGAUAGCGAAGCCUACCCCAUGUAUUCGACGUUCUUGUUCAGAUAGACCUUUCCAGAAGAACGUGUAGCCUCCUUUUUCUUCCUUCAGUUGUCCCUCGCCUGCUCUUCAAGCCUCUUAAAGCGCUGCAAUAUCAAUAUUAAAACGUUGCAGCUUGCUUGCAAUGAUGGCAGUUCUGCGUUCAGGACGCUCGUUAUCUGUGUUAUCCAACAAAGUCUGUAUAUUCCAUGUUCCAAAGUUCAGUUGUCUUUUACAACCACUGGGUGGUGACCCCACUGGGCACGGUAAUCCAGUCAGAGAAAAAGGGAGGCAGACUUUGUUUAGGGCACCUUUUCUAGCCCCUCCCCCUUUUCGGGGUGAGCAGAGUGGAUCCUAAAAAGGGCUGCUCAGUCAUGGAUACAGCUGUCGAGCUGCUCAACUGCAUCAUUUCUUGAGUCAGAACGACUGAAUCUGUAUUCACCGCCCAUGUGCUAGGGGCUUCCAGAUUUCACAAUCCUGCCCCCGUUACCAUUUGCUGAUUGCCAUGGGACUUUUGGGAUUUGGGUUUGGGAUGGGCUUUUGGAAGAUGCCUGUGUGUGAAUUUGUUUUAUGUUUGUAGAUCAGUGCACACUGACCAACGCACAGUCUUCACAGUAAGGCUCUGUUCCGAUGGCAUGAGCAGCCACGAUGACUGGUAGAUUCUUAUCUGCUGCAGCUUUCAUCCGCCUUCACAGCCGUUGUAACAUAUCACUUGUUAUCAUCCGCCUGUUUUGCCGUUGAGGAUUUCUUGAAUCAUUCUUUGUCUAGCUCUUUCCCUUUUACCGCCUUGGGUGACCCUGCUGGGAGUAUGAGAUUCCUGAAGGUUUCGCUCACAAGGGACGUAGGAAUGUGCAACCCCACUCACCACGACAAGGUGAUGAUCCAGCGAGCAAGAAUAACAAAUACAGGAAAUGUAAGGUAAAGGUAAAGGACCCCUGAAUGAUUAAGUCCAGUCAAAGGUGACUAUGGGCUGGGGCGCUCAUCUUGCUUUCAGGCCAAGGGAGCCGGUGUUUGUCCGCAGACAGCUUUCUGAGUCAUGUGGCCAGCAUGACUAAACCACUUCUGGUGCAACGGAACACUGUGACAGAAACCAGAGCAAACGGAAACACUAUUUACCUUCCUGCCGCAAUGGUACCUAUAUAUCUACUUGCACUGGUAUGCUUUCGAACUGCUAUUUUGGCAGGAGCUGGGACAGAGCAAUGGGAGCUCACCCUGUCGUGUGGAUUCGAACUGCCAACCUUCUGAUCAGCAAGCCCAAGAGGCUCAGUGGUUAAGACCACAGUGCCACCCGCAUCCCUACACAGGAAAUGUAAAGAGUACCAGCAAGUUCCCUGGGUAAUAUAAGGCUGUAAAAGCAGUAAUUGUGAUACAUUUAUUGUGAGUGUGAAGAACUUUUGGUAUGAAAGUGUUAAAAAGAUGAGAUACUGUGAUACAUUUUAAAAUACAAGCCAUUGCACAGAUAGAUAAUGUUCAUUCAUGCAAGCAUGAUUCAUAAGGGGAUUCAUCAAAGGCAUGGCAUAUUUCAGGAAGGCUGCCAGAGUUCUGAGAUGGAGAUUUGAAAAUGAGGGAACCACAUUAUUUAACCUAAAUUUAAUCCCCUCCCCCAAUUGCAGUAGCAAAUUCCCUUAAACAUGCAAAACAAGCAUGCAGAGGAAUGGAAGCUUUAUUCAGAGGGUAGAACUUAUUAGUAAUUUAAUGAGAAGUCAGACUCCAGCUGACACAUUCCUUUGGGCUUUAAGAUUGAGGUCAAGCAUUCUGGUGAUGUGCAGAGCUGAACUACAAAGACUUUAGCUUAUUCACAGAUGCUUGAUGAUGGUCAGAGAGACAGGUACAGAAGUGAGAAGGUGGUAAAGCAGACUGAUAAAAAGGCCAACAUGCUUUGAAGAGCAAAGGCAGAAUUUGGGCAUAUGAAGACCAUUUUGGAGAGUGGGUGGGGGAAAAACAACAAUGUUGCCUUUGCAAGUCUUUUUUUAUUUAGUAUAUGCAUAAUAAGAGGUCUCAUUUGUGCAUGUUUUGCCUUCCAGAAACCAUCAGCGUUCAGUAAAGUCUCACUGACUUUGCAAACAGUGAAAGGCAGUCAUCUUGCUUCCUUCAGCCCCGCACCCCAAGUACUUGCAACAAUAGAACUUUGUACUUUGGAGCUACUCCUGGAUCCAUCUUUGUUUCUGGGUUAAUUUUAACAUGCUAAAUCUGGCACCUAUGAAUUAGAAGGGGGAGUUUAGGAGCUAGAAGGGGGGUCCAGGCACCCCACAAACUUGUAACGCUAUUAUUAUAAUAAGCACCCUUUCUGAUCACUGACAUUAGGCACACUGAUAAAAUGGUAGUGAUCGGAAUUUUUUUCAUAAAAACCUUAGCAUGGUGGUGUGAGGCACGCUUGGGGUUGUUUUCAGUUUUCAGAAAGGUAGCAGCUGGGAAGCACCACCUGCUCAGUCCUGUUCCUGUAGCCCCAGGCGAGGCCUCUCCUUCCAGCAUCUCCUUGCCAGCACUCUGGACGGGCCAGCAUGUCUGAAAGCACCUUCCAUCUGUCGGAGUCCUGUUGUCACGGGACACUCCGCAUUAUGACAGGGGCUCUGGGCUUCUGAGCACAGAACUCCUGCAGCCUGGCCGGCUUGGGCAAAGGCUUUGGAACUACCACCUCCAACUGUACCCAUGGCCGACAAGAGUGCCUGCAGGACUUUGAGCUCCUCCAUCCACAGCGAGGAUCUUCUGAGUGACAUGGAGCUGCUGCCACCCUCGGCUCCUGCCUCCCCAGGGCAAAAGGUCCCUUCCUCUCAGGCUUACACCCCCUAUACCUCCCAGGUGACGGCACAACUCUAUGCCUUGCUGCAUCAGAGCCGGCAGGCUGAGGCUCAGGCCCGCUCCCACCUGGAGAACCAGCACAGCUUGGGUCUCUCCAGGGAAGCGGAGGCCCCCGAAGUAGAUCUGGACACUCUGGCGGAGGAGCUCAGCCACCGACUCUCAACCAGCGUGGAGGCCAGCACCUACAGGAAGGGUCCUGCCGUCGAGUCCCGCCACAUCUUGGAGAUGGAGAACGUGCGCUGCCAUCUGCAAGGCAUGCUCCAUGGGUCCAGGGAUGCUGCUCAUGGGGAUGCUGUGGCACUGCGGACUUUUGAGCAGAAAGACGAUGACUCCUUUGAGAGUGACAGCACGACAGCCUUGCUCAACGCCAGGCCCCUGCAGGAGGUCUCUCCUCCUGGCUCCCUAGCCGGCUUCGAGCAGCUAUUUCCCCGCUACACCAGUCUGCGCUUGGGCCAACUCCGUGAGCACCCGCCAUAUGCCGACUCCCACCUGCUGAAGGACUCUUUGGACAAGGAGCAGGCCCGGCGGAAGGUGAGUGGCACCAGACAGCUGUGGAGGCUGCCUGAAGGAUUCACAAAGGAUUGUGGGAGAAUGAGGGAACGGGUGGCUGCUAGGACUGGGUCUGCCCUGUCCUCUUUUCCCCCCAAAUUGCUUUUAAAAGUCACAGGCAUUAUCAAAGGUCAAAGAUAGAUUACAGCAAGGCAAUGAAUUGAUUUUAGAAUGUAUUUCAAUUAAUUGAUUGUGAUUUUAUGUAAAGUGUGUUACUUUUACUGUUGUUAGCCGCUCUGAGCCUGGCUUCGGCUGGGGAGGGCGGGAUAUAAAUAAAAUUUUAUUAUUAGUAAAAUAAAUAAAUAAAUAAAUAAAACUUAGCAUUAUUGCAGCCCUGUAUUGCAUAGUGUUGUAAUGCUAUAGCACCAGCAGCAGUAGCAUCAUCAUUAAUAACAACAAGUAUUAUGCUGCUAUGGCACUAUGCCUCUUUUUCAUUAAAAGAUAUCCCCUUCUAAGUUCCUUCCAAAGUUCCCACUUCCCCAGGCAUAGUAAAAGACCAUACAUUUGAUGUUAAAAAUGGUUUACUUAUGAACUCCUCAAAGGUCAGAUUCAUGUGCUUUUCCAGACAGCAGUCAGAAAACACAGGUAGUCCAAAGUGCUGAACGUUCCUAAAUAAUUUGGUACAGAAGCACAAGAAUAGACUUGACUUCCUUCCUCCAAGGGGGAGGGUGUGUGACCUAGCUAAGCCUGGCAGGGUAGCUUACUCUAUGACAUUGACCUUGUCUUGGGUUCAUUAGCCUUAAGCAUUUUGAUUAUAUAAGGCUGGUUAUCUCAUACCCUUAAGGUUACCUAGUCCAACCCCCUGCAGUGCAGGAAUCUCAACUAAAGCAUCCAGGACAGAUGGCCAUCCAGCCUCUGCUUAAAAACCUCCAAUGAAGGAGAGUCCACCACCUUCCAAGGGAGUUUAUUCUACCAUCAAACAGCUCUUUACUACCAGAAAGCUCUUGUUGCUGUUUAAUAACAGCCCAGACACUGUUCAGCCUGGACCCUGAGGUCCAGCUCCAAGGGCCUUCUGGCAGUUCCCUCACUGCGAGAAGUGAGGUUGCGGGGAACCAGGCAGAGGGCCUUCUCAGUAGUGGCGCCCGCCCUGUGGAAUGCCCUCCCAUCAGAUGUCAAAGAAAUAAACAACUAUCUGACUUUUAGAAGACAUCUGAAGGCACUCCUUGAUUGUGAAAAUUUUAAUGUCUAAUGUUUUACAAUUUUUUAUGUGCUAUAUGCUGCCCAGAGUAGCUGGGGAAACCCAGCCAGAUGGUCAGGGUAUAAAUAAUAAAAUUCUUCUUCUUCUUCUUCUUCUUCCUCUUCUUCAUACAAGGUUACAGGUUCUCCAAACUCGGGCUGCUGUCCUGUGCAUACCCACUUUCCUGGGAAUAUGUUUCUGAAUGGAGGUGGUGUGCUUGUGGAUGUUACUGUUACAUGGACAUACAGUGGUACCUCUGGUUACGAACGCUUCAGGUUACAAGCUCUGCUAACCUGGAAGUCGCUGCUCCUGCUUGCAAACUUUGCCCCAGGAUGCGAACGGAAAUCCAUUAGCGAAAGCGCACCUCAGGAUAAGAACGGUUUCAGCUUAAGAACGGACCUCCGGAAUGAAUUACAAUGGUGCCCCGCAAGACGAAUGCCUCGCAAGACGGAAAACCCGCUAGACAAAAGGGUUUUCCGUUUUGGAGGUGCUUCGCAAAACGAAUUCCCUAUGGGCUUGCUUCGCAAGACAAAAAUGUCUUGCGAGUUCCUGCGGGUUUUUUUUCCUUCCCCCCCCCUUUUUCCCAAGCCGCUAAGACGCUUAUCAGCUGAUCCUAAGCCGCUAAGCCGCUUAACAGCUAAGCCGCUAAGCCGCUUAUCAGCUGAUCCGCUAAGCCCGCUAAGCCGCUAAUAGCGCUAAUCCGCUAAGCCGCUAAUGGGCUUGCUUCGCAAGACGAAAAAACCGCAAGACGAAGAGACUCGCUGAACGGAUUCUUUUCGUCUUGCGCGGCAUCACUGUAAGUUCGUAACCAGAGGUACCACUGUAUAUCUGGCCAUUCUGAUAGAUGGUCCUUUAGCCUGAUCCUGCAGGCACCUCUCAUGUUAUGUUCUUACUGUACUCAGUGUGGAUUAUUUUUGACCAAACAUGCAUGCUUUUGCACUCUGUCAGUCCAUUCACUUCCAGCUUUGUGAUGCCUUUUCUGGUGAACUAAGUCUGGAAGAAUAGCCUGACUGACAGAAUCACUCAUGCAAAGAUUAUUUGAGUUUGACAUGUCCCCCUUACAAGAGACACAGAUAAAUUGUACUGAAUUAACAGUGAACUUUCUGGCGGUUCCAGUGAAUGUUUCCGAUGUAUCUCCAGAUUUCAACUCAAUAUAGCUAGAAUGAUCUUCAGCAAGUGGAAUGAGCUGAGUCUGGAGGUGGGGUAAAGGAGGAAUUUGUUCAGCCCGCUUUUCACAACUGACUGACUCAACUGAAUGGUUGCAAACAUAUGAUUGCAGUUUAGAACCAAAACUUGAUUGUUCAUUACAACACAACUCCAGAUUGUGUUAUGUACUUUUUUGGAUUUUGCAAUGUAGUUUUGGUCCAUGAAAUGUGCACACAAAAUGGGGCACAUGGCCAUCCAUCAUGGAUGCUUUAGUUAAGAUUCUUGCAUUGCAGGGAGUUGGACUAGAUGUUCCUUAGGGUCCCUUCCAACUCUACGGUAUAAGGCAGGGGUCUGCAACCUUUAAGACAAAAAGAGCCACUUGGACCCGUUUCCGAAGAAAAAAAAACCUGGGAGCCACAAAACCAUUGCGAUCUGAGAGCAGGCGGGAAGGUGACGUCGGGACGGUGCGUGACUAAUGCAUGCACCGCCCCCAUGCGAUGUCACAGCCAGUACAGCGCCCGCCACAGUGGGGAGUGUCGGGGCGCACAAUGCGCCUCCUCCCCUCGCUAGUAUCCGCCCCGGAGCUGCGGCAAAGGUGUAAAAGAGCCACAUGUGGCUCCGGAGCCACGGGUUGCAGACCCCUGGUAUAAGGAAACAGGUCUCUCAGGUAAUCUGGUCCAUGCUUCCCACUGGAUAGGUUAUCCUAUGUUCUUCCAGUCAUGACUGGCAACCACCAUCUUUUCUUCUCUUGGCUGCUUUAAUAUCAUGUUGUACUUGUAUGUCUAUGAAUGGUUGUUCCUGUAGUACCUGUGUGUUAUGUUUACACGUGUGUGUGUGUGUGUGUGUGUGUGUGUGUGUGUGUGUGACAGAGAGACAGAGAGAAACCAGGCCCUGAGCUGUAGAGACCAUUAUAUAAGUACCAGCAGCUUGAACUUGGACCAAUAGUGGAUUGGCAGCCAGUGCAGUCCCACAAGUAGCAUGUUAUAUGCUGAUGGGUAGUUUGCUCUCACAAACAACCUAGCCGUUGCAUUUUGUACCAGCUGCAGCCUCCACAACAACCCCAAGAGCAGCCCCACUUAGAACAAAUUGCAGUAAUCCAACCAUGAGGUUACCAAUGCAUGGACAAUGUAUGGAGCAUAUGGAGGCUGACUGAUUUAUCCCUAGUCUGGGGUCUGGACAUGUGUACCAUCAAAAUCUGCUGGGGGUGCGAGGGACUUGUAUUGACAAACACCUCUCUCUCUCUCUCUCUCUCUCUCUCUCUCUCUCUCUCUCUCUCUCUUUGGAAUUGACCCUAACCUAAAUGAGACAAAGACUCUCAAUUAUACCAUGUUUUUGUUUGAUGUAAUUACACGGUCAAAGAUUCUUUGGCCCCUUCUUACAUGAAAACACACACACAAACAGAAACAAAUGCAGGAAGAGCAGCAACAGAAUGAUGCCAGCAGCAUCCUCAUUCACUUCCCCCCAGUCCCUGUUCAACAUUAUGAAUGCAAGCCUGCAUAGCACAUCAUUUUCCUAAUCAUGUAGUACUAUUGAAAUGCUUUGCUAAAAUUAUAAGCAUUAACCAGCAUGCAAAAUCAUACAAUAGUGUUGCUGUCACUGGCAAUUUUACAACCCUUCAAAAGAAAUCAGCUUGGGGUGUGCGGUUAUUUAUUUAUUUAUUUAUUUAAUCAAUCUCCCUCCUUCCUAUUGUGGCAAUUGCCCCCUCUUUUAUGAGGUCAGAUGAUUUAGUCAUAGUGUCAAAGCUCAUGAGGGGCAAAGUAGUGGAAUCAGGCAAUGAAUGUGGAACACUGACAUCAUGCAGAGUGCAAAAGUAAGAUCAGUGCCAGGAUUAAUGACAGUAAAGAUGCCCUGAUCAACAGAUGCAGAGAAUCUCAGAGGCAGUACCAUAGACCCAGACAGUGGCAGGUCCCAUUUCACUGGCUCAGGCCACCCUCUCCCACUGCCUCCCUCACAGAAUCCUAACUUACCUGGGUUGUUUGGCAGUGGUUUCUGGGUUCUCACAAGAUCUCGCGAAAGGUCUAUGAUAUCUUGCUGGAACCUGGAAUAUGCCACUUGUCCUCUUAUAUUUUGCCACCUGCGGCAGUUGCCUCAAUCCGGCUCUGGACCCAGAGUCCUGACCAGUGGAAGAAAGGGUGGAUUCCAGGACCAAGGAUGGGGCAGAAAUGUAAAGUGAUGCAUGUUAGACUGCAAACCUUAGAGUCAUAAAGGAUAGUUCAAUGAAGGUGUCGACUCAGUGCCCAGCUUUGUGAAAAAAGCAAAUUCCAUUCUAGGGAUCAUUAGGAAAGGAACUGGAAAUAAAACUACUGAUUUCAAAUUGCUGUUAAGAUGCAACCACGUUUGGAAUACUGUGUGCAGUUCUGGUUGCCUCAUCCAAAAAUGUAAAUUGUAGAUGUAAUGGUUUGGAAAAGCACAACCAAAAUGAUCAAGAGGGUGGAACGAUUCCCUUGUGAAGAAAGGUUGGUGGGUUUGGGACAUUUUAGUUGAGAGAAAAUGCGAGUAAGAGGUGCCAUGAUAGAAGUGUAUGUAACUAUGCAUGGCAUGGAGAAAGUGGAUAGGGAAAAGUUUUUCUCCCUCUCUCAUAACACUAGAACUCAUGGACAUCCAAUGAAGCUGAAUGUUGAAAAAUUCUGGGAACUGUAGUUUCCAUUUGGGAAUUAUAGCUCAGUCAGAGGUAAAGUACGGUAAACUAAAUGUACUUUGAAUGAGUGGUUAUGAGCUACCAAAGGCAGUUAACAAAUAUUUGCGUGAUAUUCAGAAAAUACACAGAGGGUAUUAAUUUGACUUCAAAUUAUUUAGAGGAGAAUUUGGAGAAAUAAUUUCUCUCUGCUUUUCCUCUUCAUAUCCUAACUGCCUACUACUACAUCCUACUGUGAAUAAGGGGCCAUAGUUUUUAGUAGUUUUAAGGUAACCCGGGACAUGGGUGGCGCCGUGGUCUAAACCACUGAGCCUCUUGGGCUUGCCAAUUGGAAAGUCAGCAGUUCAAAUCCACGGGACGGUAGUGAGCUCCUAUUGCUCUGUCCCAGUUCUUGCCAUCCUAGCAGUUCAAAAGCAUACCAGUGCAAGUAGAUAAAUAGGUACCACUGCGGCAGUGGUGCACUCUGACUUCCGUCUUGGUGCCGAAUUGUGCCAGAAGCAGUUUAAGCAUGCUGGCCACAUGACCCAGAAAGCUGUCUGUGGACAAAUGCCUGCCCCCUUGGCCUGAAAGCGAGAGGAGUACCGCACUCUAUAGUCACCUUUGACUGGACUUAACCAUCCAACCUUUUUACCUUAGUAGGUUUCUACCUCUAACAGUAUAUGGAAAAAAAUCUGCAAAAGAAAACCAGGAAUAUUUCAGUUCUGUAAUCAGUGUAAUAAUAGUCCCCCCCUUUUUUAAAAAAAACCCUGCACAUUAGGCUAAUGUUUUCCCCAAGUGAUCCAACUGUGUAUGAGCAAUGUUUUCUCUGACCGUAGACCGGUAUGUCUAAUGCUGAAGCCACAGCUGGUAAGUCCUGGGUGCCGUUUUGCCUGCAGCAUUUGAAUUUGUAAGCCAGGGUAGUGACAUGAGUGACACGUGAGUAGGAGGGAAUAUGACAGACAGGAUCAAAAGUAAUUGCUGAGUGUGAUGCACUUACAGAUUUUCCUCUUGUUAAGCCUGCUUCUCUCCCCAGUGCUUCCUCUCCAUCUGUUACUUUAUCAGCUUUUGGGGAGAGAAUAGACACCAGUCCUUGAAAUCUUAUAGCAAAAUGUCCUCCAUGAGGAACUUCCAUAUUAGGAAAGGUACUGUAGCAGCUUCUGGGACUCCUUAGUUUAAAGAAAAGGCAAUAAAAGAGGCAGCAUGAUAAAUGUUUUAUGAUACGAUACAAUAUGAUAUCUUUAUUGUCAUUGUCCCAUACAGAACAAUGAAACUGAAAAAUCUACAUAAGACAUUCAAAAACCCCUAAAAACUCUGAAAGCCCAUUUUAAAAUACAAUAUACCAUAGAGACUCCUUAUACUGCAUUUAAAACCAGAAUUGCAUUUGGAUAGAAACUGUUUCUUAGGCGGCUAGUCCUGCUCUUUAUAACCCUAUACCUUCUUCCAGAAGGCAGAAGCUGAAAGAGAUAAUUUCCGGGGUGCGUACUAUCCUGCGCUAUCUCUGCAGCUUUCUUAUGGCACCUGACAGCAUAGAUUUGAUCUAAGGUGGGAAGAGUGCACCCAAUUAUUCCCUCUACAGUCUUUACAACCCUGGACAGCAUUGUUUUUUCCCUGGCCGUGCAGCUCCCAAACCACACACACUGACCAUAAGUUAAUACACUCUCCACAGUACAAUGGUAAAAUGCCAUCAACAGGUCCUUUUCCAGAGGAUUCUCAGAAAAUAUAACCUCUGCUGUGCUCUCUUCAUUAGGUCUUUGCUGUUUUCUCCCCAGGUUAGGUCAUCUCUCAACUCCAUUCCCAGAAAUCGAAACACCGAGACCUGUUCCACACACUUCCCCUCAAUAAUAAGUGGCUGAAUAUUCAAUUUACAUUUCCUAAAGUCCACAAUAAUCUCUUUUGUUUUCUUUAAGUUAAGGAGUAAGUUGUUUUUCCUGCACUACUCCCCCAACUGCUCAACUUCCUUCCUAUAGGCCACCUCCCCCUCUCCAGCCGUGAUUAAACCAACCACCGUUGUAUCAUCUGCAAACUUAAUGAUCUUAUUACUGGGGUAUUUGGGGGCACAGUCAGCUGUAUAGAGCAUAUAUAAAAGCAGGCUCAACACGCACCCCUGCAGCAUCCCCAUAUUCAUGAUGAGAUCCGCAGAGACGUGGGAACCCAACCUGACCCUUUGGGAACGGUUUGAUAGAAAAUCUAAUAUCCACCUGCACAAACACGGUGGAAGUCCCAGGUCUAAUAAUUUGGGCACCAAUCUAUGCAGAAUAAUAGUAUUAAAUGCAGAACUGAAGUCUACAAAUAACAGUCUCUCAUAGUUCCCUUGAUUCUCCAAAUGAGUCAGGACAGCGUGUAAAGCCAUUGCUGCAGCAUCCUCCGUGGAUCUCUUUGCCUUGUACGCAAACUGGUAAGGGUCAAGUCUCACUGGCAGACAAGAUAAGAUGCGGUUCCUCACUAGUUUUUCGAAACAUUUCAUUAUAAUGGGUGUCAACGCCACAGGGCGAAAAUCAUUCAGACUGUCUAUCUUUGAUUUUUUUGGCAGGGGUAUAAUGGUAGCAGAUUUCAGACAGGGUGGAACAGUGGCUUGGGCCAGAGACCAGUGGCGUAGCGUGGGUUGUCAGCACCCGGGGCAAAGCAAGUAAUUUGCGCCCCCUAACCCGUGGAUUUGCGCCCCCUAACCCUAACCCCCAGAUGUUGCGCCCGGUGCGGCCGCCCCCCCCUGCACCCACCACGCUACGCCACUGCCAGAGACUGGUUAAAAAUCUUUGUAAAGAUUCCUGCCAGUUGGUCCAAACAAUCUCUUAGCACCCUGCCAGCCACCCCAUCUGGGACCAUACCUUCCUCAUGUUUAUCUCCUUUAAUAUUCACCUCACUUCUCCCUUUUCCACCCUGGCAGCAUUUCCUGUAGGUAGUGACGCCAAUAGCUCUGGCAUCCCUGUUGGAGUCACUGUUGAUGUCACCUCAAAUUGGGCAAACAAGGUAUUCAACUCUUCCAUCAAGGAAGCAGUACUCUCUACCACUGAUGAAUUUCUCGAUUUAUAACCAGUCAGAUGUUACUCCCUGCCACAUUUGUCUAGUAUCGUGAUUUCUCAGAUGGUCCUCAAUUUUUCCUCUGUACUCCGCUUUUGCUUUCCUGAUACCCCUCUUCAAGUUCACUCUUUCUAUACCAUACAAUACCCAGUCCCCAGUUCUAAAAGCAGAGUUUCUGGCCUUCAAUAAUCUCCUAACCUCUCCCGUCAUCCAGGGUUUUCUAUUCGGAUACAACUUAACAUACUUUUCCCUGGUGACAUUUGCUGUGCAGAAUCUAAUAUAAUCCAGGACCGUUGAUGUAUAAGUUUCUAGAUCUUGAUGGUCGAACAUAUUCCAGUCGGUCUCCUGGAAACAGUCCUGCAACUGCUGAGAGGCUCCCUCAGGCCACACCGUAACCAUCUUUGUUUGUAUCUGGCCUUGUUUCCUGAGGGGUGUGUAUACUGGUGUCAGAAGCAGGGACACAUGAUCUGAACCACCAAGGUGCACCAAGGUCAUGACCUCAUAUGCCCUUCUAAUGUUCGUAUACACCUUGUCAAGAGUAUUUUCCCUCCUUGUUGCACACUCAAUGUGCUGAUGGAAUUUUGGGACUACUGUCCUCAUGUCUGUGUGAUUGAAGUCCCCCGCAAUAAUGUGCACUGUCUCCGGGUAUCUGCUCAAUUUAGCAUUGAUGUUUUCAUGCAUACUACUCAUGGCCCUGCAUGCAUUUGCAGUUGGUGCUAUGUACACCGCUGUUAACACCACUGUUGUAAUUUUUUAAAAUUAUGCACAGCAUAGAGAAAGUGGCGAGAGAAAAAGUUUUUUUCUCUGUCUCAUAACACUAGAAGUCAUGCACACUCAAUGAAGCUGAAUGUUGGAAGAUUCAGGACAGAUAAAUGAAAGCGCUUAUUCACACAGUGCAUUGUUAAACUGUGGAACUCACUCCAGCAGGAGGCAGUGAUGGCCACUGGCUUUAAGAGGAUUGGACAAAUAAGGCUAUGCUUUGCUUCCACAGUUGGAAGCAGUAAUGCUUCUGAAUACUAGUUCCUAGAAAUUGCAGGAAAGAAGAGUGCUUUUGUGCUUGUCCUGCUUGUGGAUUUCCUACAAGCAUUGUCCUGCUUGUGGAUUUCCUACAAGCAUUGUCCUGCUUGUGGAUUUCCUACAAGCAUGUAAGUGGCCACUGUGAGAAUAGGAUGCUGGACUAGAUGGGCCACUGGCCUGAUUCAGCAGGCUGUUAUAUUCUUAUGAGGAUUUGUGAAAGGAGAUUCCACAUGCAUUAAAACAGGAGUGAGGACGCACUGUGGGCCAGAUUUAGCCUGCUAGGCUUCCCCAUGUGGCCCAUGUGGCUGUUUCCCUCAGACAUGACCACCUGCAACACUUGAUAUCAUACAUGAUGUGAGGUGUGUAAUAGGUAGAGACAUGGUUGGAUUUGCUAUGUAGGAGAAAAGUAGGAUUGAAUUGAGGAGCAAGGAAUUUCAAACAUGGGGGGGGGAGGCUGUUUCAAUGGUUUGCGACAAUAAAGUUUUAAAUGAACAAGGGAGUUCAGUGCUAAGAAUUUUUUUCCCCUGAUCAAAGCGCUGCUUAGAAAUUGAAAGUAACCUCCAUUUGAUCCUGUGGCAAUUAUAUUUUAGUUAGGAAAAAUAAAUUAGCUUAAUGUUCUCUUUCCUGUUUUACACUUGUUAAACUUAAUAAAUGUUAGUUUAUUUAGUAAUUAUUUUUAAUUGCUAUUAGCAGUUCAUACCCUUUUGUUUGUUCCCUUUUCCCUCCUAUGAAAACUACUCAAGACACUCUUUUAAAGUUUAAAUAACAAUAACUUUUACUCUCAGUGUCCUUGCACUUGUUAGAUAAAAUAUAUAUGUAGAAGGCAGGCAAAUCACUUAUGCUACUAAUGUAUUACAUAGAUUCAUCACUAAGACUCAGACGCUUACAGAUUCUUAUUCUGAGGCAAAUAGCAGCAGAACAGAACAGACCUAUUGCUCAGCUGCUCUAACAACACAAAAAGACUAUUAUAAACUGAUUUAAUGUCAGGAGCUGGAGUCAAGCGUUGGUCAGCAAUCAAAGAAAAACAUGGUGUCAGUGAAGUUAACUCUUUAUUCAAUACACCAAAACAGCACAGGCCUAGUGAUUCCAGCAACUCUUUCCAGGAGGUCUUGCUCCAACAAUGCAGUUGUGAGACCUUUCCGCCACUUCCUAAGGCUCUUCCUCUACAGGCUCUUUCCCAAGCAGUCGCAAACUGCACCUGUGCACAACCCCUCUCUGCUCUGCCCUCUUCAUUUCUCUGUGUGUUCUAAGAGAGCAGGGGGGAGGAGAGCUGGUUGCAGAAGAAUGAGGAGACUCCUGGCUUCUUCAGCAGCCUUCUUCUGGUCAGCCCCCAAAGGAACCAUACUAAGUUUGGAGCUGAUUUAUUUGGUGGAGCAUUCAAUUGCCAUUGUAUAGUUUCUUCUGCAGCAGCUUGCCUCAUUUCUGUCUCUCCCCCCCCCCCCCCACCUCUCCAGCCUCCUCCUCUGCCUCUGGUUCUGGACUGCUCUCUGCCCCAGACUCUUCCUGCUUACCAAACCCUGUUGCCUCUUCAGCUUCUGACACCCAGCCUGCUCCCUCUUCUCCCUCUGACCAUUCAUUGUCAUCCCACCAACCAAUCCCCUGACUCUGAGCCUUCUUCCCUUGCAGGUUACCCAGCUGGUGCCCCCACCACUCCUUUGCAUCCAGCCAGUCCAGGACACAAGGUAUAUGACCUCACAAGAUUUUUUUCUUAGAAUGUUGCAGCCCUUGUGUGUAUUAAUCCUUUCCUUAGCAUUUUGGAUGUUUGUAUCAUGUAUGUGUGUGUGUGUGUAUGCUUUUUAUUAGUUUUUUUACUUAACAAAAAGUUAACAAAAAUAAUAACAAAAGGAAAAGCCUACAUCCAUGCACAUCUCACAGAUACUUCCCCUGUGGGGAAGGACUUUGUUUCUUUGAAAUGGGCUAUGCCUAUUGGUUCUCAUGUUACAAUAAGAGAUAAGGCUAUGAAGAUCUCAUGGCGGAGACGGGAGAUGUAAUAAGACUGGAUUGUUAAUAAGAUCAAAAAUAUUCAGUAUGGCAAGUAUACCUUUGGAUAUUCCACUGACUGCUGGCGUUCUUUAGCAAAUGUUUGCUGAGCAAAUAAAAUUGAUUAGAUCAAAGAUUGAUGAAAUGGGGGGUGAAAGUAAACUAGGGACAAAUGAAAUGAACAGCUGAAUCAAAGAUGAUACAGAGACUUUGGAGAAGAAUAUGGAUAAAGGACUGGCAGAGGUUGAAAUGGUAGAGUUGGAGGAAACAAAUGGUGAAAUGGAAAAGUCCUUCACAGAGGUGUUUGGAAGAAUAAAACAGCCAAAUGGAAGAGUUGUGAUUCUGGAGGAAUGGCUCUGUGUACAACUAGGAUUAAACUCAGAGGAAAAAGCUAUCAGAUCUCUGGCGCUCCUUUGGAAAAAGAAUGGAAGAAAUGGAAAUAUAUGAUUUUAGUCAUAUAUGGAAAACAAUGGCAAACACAACAGGUGCUGAGAGCUGAAGAAACAAAAAUGGAUGCGAAUUCAACCCUGCUUGCUGUUUAUCUGCCCACACCCAUGUAGGUCAACUUUGAUAGGUGGGUGAGACAAUCCAUCUGUCAGUUAACUGACAUUAUAACAGCAGUUGAUUUACAAUUGGGUGGUCCUGCCCACCUGUCAAAGUUGGCUUACAGUAGAGUGUGAGAUAGAUCUGCUCUGCCCUGUAGAAACUUGCCCUGGAACCUGAUGGAUAAUAAAUAUAAUAAAAACAGUACACUGAAGGUUUCUGCCUGAUGUCCACAGGCAGGGGGUUCCAAAGCAAGUUUUCCCCUUUAUUUGAUGGACCUUUGGAGGCAUGCAGAGUAAAUCCCUGCACACUUUACAUCCAGGGUGAGCAACCUUUUGGAGCUUGAGAGCUACAUUCCCUGUGAGCAAAAGUUCUCAGCCUCCCAAGCUCAAAAAUAGUUUUUGGUGAGGUGUGGAGGAUCAGAUCCUGCAGCCAAACAUAUUAUGAGUGGGAUUUGUUGUGGAAGCUGUUGUACCCCUGUGAGAACAGGAUGCAGAACUGGAUGGGCUUUUGGCCUGAUCCAGCAGGUCUCUUCUUAUGUUCUUAUAUAAUUAUCAAUUUCACUAGCGUCACUACCCUGCAGGUCAAAGGCUAAAGGACAAACAAUGCUCCUUUCCCAGACUAGAUGCUAUAGGGGUGAGCAAAGAAGGGUUUGCUUGCAACAAGUCUCAUUACAUUCUUCUACUUAUUACAUCUUCCAAAAUACAGGCAGCUCCCACAGUCUUCAAGGAAACACUCACUCUAGAGAUGACUUUUAAAGAGCCAGAGAGUCCCAUCUAAAGAUUUGAAUUGGCCCUUUAAGAAAAGUGCUUCCCUCUCUUGCCCCCUGCUGUGACUUUCAUCUUUAAUUCAUGAAGCACAACUGCACUUAGUGACGAAGAGCACCUGAUGAGCUGGCAAAGUUCUCAUGUGCUUUUAUGCAAGGUUCCCUAGAAAUAAAAAAGUUGCUACAGUAGAAAUCACAUGAAAUCCUAUUCUUCUUUGUUUGUUGCUGUGUCAGAAGCAUACAGUAGGAGAUUGCACAAUUUGGGAUAAGCAUUACCCCCUCCCCCGCCCAUCCCUGUUCUCUUUGGACUAGAAGCAAAGCGACCCAGGUACAAAUGCCCACUCACCUGCAAAGCUCAUCAGGUGACCUUGGCGCUGUCACCCUCUUUCCACCAAGCUUACCUUGCAGGGUUGUUGUGAAACUGCUCAGCAGAAUGAUAUGAAACCUCUGUUCCUGGUGUUAGGAAACGCUUAUCUACAAUCAGGUUGAUACCUUGAACAUUGUGAUUCAUAACUUGCCUUCCAGAAGGGCUAGAUACAUACAUUUUUUUUUUUUAAAUGAAAGCUCAGACUUGGGGCCCCUUGCAGGCAUUGGCCCUAGUGCAAUUAUGCUGAUUAUACCAUUGAUAAUCUGCCCUUGCUCCCUGCUGAAAUCCUGUAACAGUGUAACUUCUUAUACCACAAAUGGUGUGGUUCAUUUUUCUUGUUUUGCUGCAGCCCCUCCGGAUAGCAAUAAUGAGGUAGCACUGGGGAAGCAUUGCAAGAACAAACUAAAGUGGAAUAAGCUCACCACUAAUACACUAUUACUGUGUCAAGAACAUAUUGCAGAAUGCACCUGCAAUAAAACACCAGUCUGGAAGGGCCCAUUAACAACAUCACACUGGCCCCAAGUGUCAUGGUGGGAUCUAUAUUGUUUUAUUUCUGGCUCCUUUAAAUAAGUUAUGUGUUUGCAGAAGUGGGGACAUAUUCCACUAAAUUCAUGGGUGCCAGAUCUUCUCCAUAAUUCCUGAAUUUGGUAAAAGUUAGAAUAAAUCAAGGUUUGCUUAAACUGCCAAGCACGGAACCCCCUGGAUAUAAUUUUGCUAACAAGGCAAUCCAGCUCAGCAGAGGCAGCUGGAUGGGCCAUUAGCAUAGGAUGAAGUCCAGUGAUGGCCCAUCAAGGAAACAGUCAGAGGGCAAGACUGCCAGGCAAAGGAGAGUGGAGACCCUCUUUGCUGGGUGCUGGUAGGCAGAGGCAAAGGUCUAGUUUAGGGUUUCAACUUUGAAUGAGGCAGGCUGGCCAGAGGUCCUUGGAAUAGCUUAGCAGCAAGAAGGAGAAGGAGCAGCAGAACUCCAUGUGAGCUGGGGAUGACUGGCUGGAACUAAGAGACGCAAAGAAUGGAUUUUUGUGCCAGUCCCCCAUAUGAUGUGAAUGCUCUGUGAUCCCUCCAUUUGGGGAAAGGUAUAAAUGUGUAAAUAAAACCAUAUAUCAUAAAGACACUACAGUCUCUGAUGUGCCUCAUUGUACCCAAAGGGUACACAGACUCUGGUAAGUGCGCCUGCAACCCCUGGAGUCUCGCACCACUUGGAGAUUGGGGUGGUGUGUUACAAAACCCAUUCAGUGUGUCACAGGUCCUACUUGAAGGGAGGCAGCAAGUCUGGGUUAUUCAGAAUUCUAGCAUCCAGAAGGAAAUACAGAGAAAAAAAUUGGAAGCAUCCCUGUGAACUUGGACAUGGUAAGCCUGUUUUACAUUUCAUAUUGCAGUAUCCUUUCGGUGCCACCCUCCUUAUAUCGGCAUCACUGCCGCUUACCUGGGGAAUACAGAGGUGACGCAGGGCACUGGUGAGGUGUAGGCUGUGCAGGACCACUGACAGAGUCUAACUGGUGCUUCUCCCUGGUGCGUCUCUGCAGCCCCCAUGUAAGGCCUAAAAAUGACCUCAUGGUAUAAUUGAAGAUAUGUUUAGUAUGCCUAAUGGUAUGAAUGGAGAUAUGUCUGAAGUGUGAGUACAACCAGAUGGUAUGUGACACUGAAGAUAAAAAUAAAGAUAGGGACUGCUUGAUUCUGAAGAUCAAGAUAGACAUUGCUUGAUUUUGAAGAAAACAGGAAAGAUGGACAAACUGGUGGAAUGGACAAGCAGGAUGUGCCGGAUGAAGUCACAGGACAUGUAGAGGACAUAUUGAAAUUUUAAAAAAAAACUUCUGAAAGGACAUGAUGAGUCAAAGGACAUGCAGAGGACAUGCUGAGACAAGUUACCUCUGGGUUAACCCAGAGGAAGAGCCGGACUGUGCUUUAUGUGCGUGCCUGGCCCAGCGCCUGGUCCGGCAGACAGCAGCCGCUGUUCUCAAAAGACAUGUUGGGACAAAUAACUAUUCAUAACUAUCUGAGGAAUCAGCCUGACAACAGCUAUCAUCUAGUCCAACCCCCUGCAAUACAAGACAAUGCAGCCAUACGAGGACCGAACCUGAAACUAUAAAACAGCUGGUAAAAGCCUGGUACAGCGCGUUGCUUACCUGCUGCUGCAGAGGUGGCCGUCCACAGACUUUUAAAAAAGAUUGAUCACCUUUUUUAGUGGGUCCAUCCAUCUGUUGAGUAUGAAUGAAAGGAGUGAAUGAGUUGUUAUUAGUUACUACCACCAUAAUCAACUACCUCUAAUCAAUAAAAGGGUUAUUUCUAAGAUUUGUGCCAUUUUGUUUCUUCUUGAAAACGCUCUGAUCUAAAAGAAUCUCCUGUCAUUAGACUUAUGACAGAACUGGCGACGAGGAUGGGAUCAGUAGCAAUUUGAAAGAAAAGAUAUAAUGGCUUCUAAAAAAAUAAUUUGCGGGGGGUGGAGUACCUAGACGAGCAAUGGGGAAGGACUCUAAAGAACAGUUGAAAGAUUUUUUGUAUGGGGAAAUUUUUUUUGGGGGGGGGGGAAUCAGACCAGGAGGAAUUGGGAUUGGCAAAGUACUCCGAAAUCAGGUCAUGGCCACAAAUGGCUAAGAAAUAUAAAGAAGGCUUGGUGCUGCAGGAACAGCCCAUGAGCUAAAGAUGUUGGAAAAAGAGGAUGCCUCUUUAAGAAGUGAAAUACAAACUCUGCUUGAGUAUAAAACAGGACAACCAGGUGAAAACUUAGGAUACACCUGGGAAGAUAGAAUAAGAGAGCGCUGCUCUUAAAAAUGAGAUACAAACUCUGCUUGCGUAUAAAAAGAGGGAGACUGAAAACACCCAGGAAGAAUAUAAAGUCCUAGAAACCAGCAGACAUGCUGGAUAAGAAAACGGGGUAAAAGAUCCUUUACAGAAAAGGGACAUGGCAUUAUGUUUUAUGGAAGAUUUGUUGGAUUGGCUUAUACAUAAUGCCCAGAACCAAUGAACUUUAAUAGAGUUGAACUCAGUGAAAUGGCUGCACAAGUAAAGGUUUUGAAAAUCUUGGUAAAAGGAGGAAGAAAAAAAUUGAGAAAGUAAAGUGUGGAGCAUAUAGAAAAGGAAAUGCUGCAACAGAAGCUUCUCCUUCAAGGAGAAAACCUGUUAAAAAUUAUGAAGAUGAAGCAGAAAAUUUACAUAUGGAAAUAGAACGGAAGGUAAAUGAGGGCAUAUAAGAAAGACCCAUGUGAAGGAUUUGAUUUCUUUGGUUGUGAUGAUGGUUGUGAGGACGAUCCCUGUUGUGUUAAGGUAUUCACAAGCCUCAGUGUUACAUAUGGGGGAACAGGAGAGCAGGGCAAAGACAGUUACAGACAGUUACUGAAGUACAGGAACAGAUGACAACUGGGGAAUUAAGGGAAUUAAAAACCCAAGUAGAAGGGGAAAGUUCUACUGUAGGAAAAACAGUUAAGCUGUCAGAACAGAUAUCGAAACAUGGGCUUACCCCUGAAGAAGUUAAUAGAUUAAUGAGAAUGAUUAAUGGAAUGGGAGAGCAUGUAAGCACAGUCCUACAUUUAGGAAUAAAUUUAGCUUUAAGGGAUUACAUGGGGGAGACAAGUCUCCCCAAAGCUAAAAAGCAAGUUUUGUAUUGGACUUAAAAACCGGAGAAAGAUCCUAUUGCCUUUUGUUUAUGCCUAUAUAGAUAUAUAUACAGUGGUACCUCUGGAUACGAACGGGAUCCGUUCUGGAGCCCCGUUCGCAUCCUGAAGUAAACAUAAGACGCAACUGCGUGUGCACGGAUUGUGUUUCACCGCUUCCGCGCAUGUGCGUGAUGUCAUUUUGAGCAUCUGCACAUGUGCGAGUGGCGAAACCUGGAAGUAACGCGCUCCAUUACUUCCAGGUCGCCGCGGAGCUCAACCCAAAAAUAUUCAUCCCGAAGCCAUUUCAACCCGAGGUAUGACUGUGUAGAUAUAGAUAUAUGGGAAUGUAUUAUGCAGAUUUGAUAGAGCCGAGGAGUGGAGCAAAUUGGGAAAAUAGUAAAAUGGAAGAAGUAGCAAACACAAUACAGGAUGUAGAUGUUUUAAAAAUGCCCCUUGAUGGAACAAAAGUAGGAAUAAAAUAUAUGAUAGGAAUCCAGAGACCAUACUGGCCUUGCUCAUGGCCAGAACUCAUGGCCAUGACCUAGACAUUUGCAAGCAGGUUUAUAUCAGAAAUUUGAUAAGGAAUAUCGCCCAAUUGCGUAUGCCUCUAGAAAACUGAAUAAGCUUGAAUUGACAUAUGAUGAAUGUGAAAAGGCUUCUACUGCCACUGUUUUACAGUGUACAGUGCCAGGCUUUAGUUCUACCAAAUUAGCUCAAUGGACUGUUUAUUUAGCACAAAAGGGUGUGGUGUCUGAAACUAUUAAAAUACCAGUCCUUAUGGUAUCUAUUGUAGAAACUGGCAGUACCUAUGAUUGUUCACCUGUGCUCCCAACAGAAAUUGUGAAUAUACCCAAAGGCGAAUGGAAUUCACUGUCUGAAAGCAAUUGUGUAAUAUUUAUAGAUGGAAGUUGGUAUCAAACUGGCUCCCAAAUAAUAAAAUGGGCUUGGCUUUUGGCAGGAACAGAAUGAUUCUAUUGUGGUAUUAUUGAAGGACAAUGUAGUGUACAAGAUGCCAAAGUCUUGGAAGUGAUAUCAGCCUUAAGACAGAAAUCUGAACUCUUACAAGAGUGUGAUAAAAAAAAAAAAUGGGCUAAAGAUAAUUGGAUGACAGGGAAAGGAAAGGUAGAAAGAUUAAACCAGACCAAAAAAAAAAAAAAAAAAAAAGAAUGUUGAGAAGAUUAGGGGGGAAAAUCUGGGAAGGAUUGGGAUGAAAAAUUGCCCACUGUAUUGACAGCUAUAAGAAGCAGCCCAAGAGGGAUAGCAGGAUUGUCCUCCUAUGAGAGAUUAUUUGGAUUUAAAAUGUCUUUGGGAUUUCCUGUCACAGUAUUGGAUAUGGAACAAAUGGAAGAAUCAGAAAUUAAUUUCUUACAACUUUUAAAGGAGAGUGAAUUUAUGAGGCAAGAAAUACAUGAAACUUGGUUAUAAGCAGAUAAUUUGAACGAAGCAAUUAAAAGGGAAAAUAUUAUGUUACCAGUUUGCUUACAAGUAAUGGAUAUGAUUUAGGAGCCAAGCAACACCUUGGUGGUGGGGUCCAUAAGCCAUAUUGGAUUUUAUUUAUCCCUGUUCUUGUCUUAUACGGAUGGAUGGUGAAAAACAGAAAUGGGUACACUGAAAUCAUUAAAGCCUUUUUCAAUUUCUCUAGGUUGAUGCCUGAUGAAGGAUGUUGAAUAAUGAUUAUGUAUUUCUUUUCCCCCCUUUUUUGGUCUUUUUCUUUCUGUGUCUGUGUGACUCUAUGUUUGUCUUUUUCUGUGGUCGACCAAAGAAACAAGAGGAUAUUGAGCUCCAACAACUGAAAAAAUGGGAGGACCUUUACCAAGUGUAAGAAAGGAAGUAACCAGAAACCAUUAUCAUUCGCCAACUGAAACAGGGAAUAAAACACUAUCCCUAAUAACAUUAAAACACAACCAACGUACAUUUCAAACUAUUUUAGUACCAAGAAAACAUCCAGUGGUUGUGUUUACAAGAAGAGUAGGGGAAAGAGAAGAAGUAUUGGUGAAAUAUCCUAUGUUACAACCUGCAUUACUUAGCCAUUUUGACCUAGAAGAGGAAGAAAAACAUUUUUGGUUUAUUUCCACAUCAUUUAGGUUAUUAUUCUUAGAGGAUUGGGAUUAAUACCUUCCUGGAAAAAAUAGUUUGUGACAAUACAUGGUGUUUGGGUCUUCUUUAGUAUAAUUGUAUAUGCAAAAAUAAGGAGAAAAAUACACCUUCAGUUAUUAAACUUUGUCAUGAAAGAUGGAGGGCAUUGUUUUAACCCUUAUUGCACCAAUAGGAUAUAAAAUUCAGUAUGUCAGGCUUAGAUGUGUCUACCUCUUUGCCAUUUUGUAGAAAUUAUACCAAUGAGUUUUAUGAAUUAUUGGCAAAAUCUAAAUUAUUUCAAUGGAAACGAGCCCAUUCCAGAAGGGAUUUGUUGGAUACAAUCCUGGGAGGAAUAGGUACAAGAACAGGAAUUGCAAAUGCCUAUGAUAUUGAGAUACAGGCAAACAAGUUCCUUAGGACGAUUACAGUUUCAGAUAUUGAGAUUGCAAGGAGGUGAUACAGUUGAUUCAUACAGGUUACAUUUGUUGGAAGCAGGACUCUCAGAAAGAGCCAUGCAGGCUAUGAAUAAAACAUUAUUUCAAAUACCAUAUUUUUUGCACCAUAACACUCACUUUUUUCCUCCUAGAAAGUAAGGGGAAAUGUCUGUGUGUGUUAUGGAGGGAAUGCCUAUGGGUGGCAUGCCUACGGAUUUUCCUCCUCUAAAAACUACGUGCGUGUUAUGGUCGGGUGCGUGUUAUAGAGCGAAAAAUACGGUACUUUAUAUAAGGAAUGAAACUGCUGUGGCUAUAUGAUACUUUACAGUAUAACAAUUGGCGUGGAAUUUGUAGGAACAUGUCCAUAUGUUUUUGCUAGAGAAAAAUGUAGAAGGGGUUCUUCGUGCAAUGGGUUUACAGAAAAAAUGGGCAACUAUUGAUGUUUGGUAUCACCUAGCUAUUUAUAAAUGGGGAAAGGAUACGUUGUUUAUGAGAAUAAUAUCUUUGUAAAAUACCACUCAAGGCAACAUUAGGAGAGGACAAAUAUGUAAAGUUGCAGCAAUUCUGGUAGUUACGGACCAAAACUGUAUUCUAUGGAUAUGUUAUGUGUAAAUCUAGUGUGGGCCUUAUAAAGGAUAAUAGGACUUUUGAGCCGAAUAGAAUAUGUCAUUUACAAAGGUUAACAAAUUAGUAAUAAUGAAAUACGAAUCUGCUCUUACUGAAUAUCAUUGGUGGGAUAUCUUUUAUGGCUACUCAUUGAAAGCUUCUGCUUUUUUUCUUUUCUUUUUCUUCUUUUUUUUUGAAAUCAUUUAUUCAGCUUACUGUAAUUUUACUGUCAUUACUUUUAUGUGUAAUCAUAUGGUCCUGCAUCUUAUUUUGAUGCUUACAACGUAUUAAUACUACUAUUCAAGUAUGUACUGCAUUUCUUAAAGAAUAUAUGUGAUUUAUUAUUUAUUAAUAAAUCAAGAAGGGGAGUCUGUGAGGCCUAAAAAUGAAUUACCUCCAUAAUCAAUAAAAUGGUUAUUUCU